AUGUUCAAGUGGAAAACAGGAAUUCAAGGAAAUUAUUCCAUUGCAUCAAAUCCAUCAUUCCAUUCAGAUCUUUGGGCUAUCUAUCCUGCAAGACAUAAAUCAACAGAUCGUCAAGCAUCUGUAUUCAUCUUUGACAAGAAGAAAUUCGAAUCCUUAUUGUUGAAAAAUAAUAUUAUUAAAAAACAUGAUAAACAAGUUAUCAAUGAUGCUUAUGAAAUUUUAAGAAAUCAAGUUUCAAAUUUAGCAAAAUUUAGACAUCCAAAUAUUUUAACAUUAAUUGAACCUUUAGAAGAUCAUAAAUCAAAUUUCAUAUUUGUUACUGAAUAUGUAACUGCUUGUUUAAAUUCAGUACCAAAUGAUUUAGAUGAUGUUGUUAUCCAGAAAGGUUUAUUACAAAUAUCAAAUGCAUUGAAUUUUUUACACUGUACUGCAAAAUUUAUUCAUUUAUCAAUACAACCAAGUUCUAUUUUCAUUAAUGAUAAUUCUGAUUGGAAAUUAAGUGGGUUUGGUCAUAUUCAACCAAUAGAAUUAGAGGAAUUUUUCAUCCCACAAUAUGAUCCAAGAAUGCCAAAUUUUGUAAAUAUUAACUUAAAUUUCACUGCACCAGAAUUAGUUUAUGAUAACAAGAUUUAUCCAGCAAGUGAUAUUUUUUCAUUAGGUUGUGUUAUUCAUUAUUUAUAUAACCAUGGUGAAAAAAAUUUAUUAAAUUGCAGUAAUUCAACAAGUUAUUAUAAAGAUGAAUUUAAUAAAUUUGAAAAAUUAUUAAAACAAAACAAUUUGAAAUCUUUUUUCAAAAAAGUUCCAGAUUCUUUAUUAGAGAUAUUACCAAUGAUGUUAUCAAGAUAUCCAAAUCAAAGAUUAACAAUCCAGGAUUUUUUAUCAAGUGGAUAUUUUGAUAAUCCAUUAAUUAAAACAAUGAUUUUCCUUGAUGAAUUCCCUACUAAAAAUGAUGAUGAGAAAUUAAUUUUUUUAAAAUCAUUAGUUAAUUUAUUACCAUUAUUCCCAACAUCAAUAUUACAAAAGAAAAUAAUGCCAAUUUUAUUAGAAUUGUUAAAUAAUGGACCUAAAUUAAUAACAUCAUUAAUUCAAGUAUCAUUAACAAUUGUGCUUUUGAUAGGUGAUACGUUAUCUCAAUUAACCUUCCAUGAUAAAGUCUUCUCAACAAUUUCAAAUGAAUCAUUAAUUUCCACAUCUGAAGCACAAAUUGUAUUAUUGGAAAAUUUGAAAAUCCUACAGAAAAAAAUCAAAAAUGAUGAAUUUAAAAAAUUAUUAAUCAAAUUAAGUGAAAAAACACUUGAUCUAAAGGCAAAUUCUCAAAUCCAAACAAAAUCAUUAGAAAAUAUUGAUUUUUUUUUACAAUCUAUUGAUUUCCCCACUAUUAAAAACAAUAUCUUCCCCAAGAUUUGUUCCAUUUUCGCCAAAACUACAUCAUUAACAGUUAAAGUGCAAACAAUAUAUUCAUUCAAUACAUUAAUUGAACGUAAAGGGAUUGAUAAAUUCACUAUAAAUGAAACUUUAUUACCAUUAUUAAAAUCAAUGAAGACACGAGAAUUGAAAAUCUUGGAGGCAAUAUUAAAAGUUUAUUCAACUUCCUCAGAAAUAUUGGAUGAAGAACAUGUUGUGGAGCUUAUAAUACCUCAAUUAUGGUUAUUAUCAAUCUCUUCAAAUUUAUCAACAAGUUUAUAUCAAAAUUAUAAUGAUGUUAUUAAUGGAAUCUCACAAAGAAUCCAAUCCAAUCAUAUGAAGAAAUUGAAAUCCUUGGAAGGCAGUAAACCUAAAGAUGAUGAAGAUGAUGGUGAAAAAUUCAGACAUUUAUUAUAUGGUAAAGAAGAUCACACUGAGCAACCCGCAAAGCUGCAUAUUGGACUAAGAGAUACUCCAUUAUCACCAACUACAAACAACACCAAAUCCAAACCAGCAGCAAAACCACUCUCACUAAAACCUAAACCACACAAGACAGAUUUAAAUUUCGGCUCAAAUUCAAAUGGGAACAUACCAAAAGCUGUACAAAAUUUAAGAAAUACAUCAUCAUUAUCAAAUAAUUUCGAUGAUGAUCAGUUUGAUGAUUUCGUUUCAGCUCCAUCAACGAGAAACACGACACCAACACCUAAUACGGGGAUUGAUUGGAGUUCAGAGAGUGGUAAGAUUGGUGGGUAUGGUGUGUUACAGCCAAAGUCUCAAUCUCCAAGUAUGAAAACUCCUACUAUGAAUACUAGUAUGAAUACUAGUAUGAAUACUAGUAUGAAUACUACUAGUAAUCUACCACCAGGGUUCAGUACACAGUUGAUGCAGCCUAUGAAGCGUGGUAACAGUGUGAAUAAGAGUAAUAAUGGGUGGAAUGGAGGUGAUAGUUUGAUAUAA